UAAAGUUAACCGACGUUGGAAAAAGUGGUCCUUAUGCAAGUAGUUGAACAAUAUAAUAAAAAUAAAGUUAGUGAUAAACGUAUAACCUUACAAAUCUCUAUUUAUGUUACAAAAUAUAUUAAUAAGUAAUGUAAUAAAUUCAAUACAAAUAUAAUUUUAUAUUUCAAUUAUUCCUAGGCUGCGUUCCGUAAAACGCAUAUGCGUGCAUGUAUCUAUAGUAUACAUAACAUAUACUAUAGAUACAUGCGCGCAUAUGUGCUUUACAAAACACAGUCCUAGUAACCCAAAGUGGAAUCUAGUAACCCCGGAAUGGAACUUGUGACGUCAUUAUUCGCUCUCGGAGCGAGUAAACCUGUGCCAGUCGAAAAUGCUAUAAGAUUGAUUAGCUAAUUUGUUUAUCGCUUAAAUUUUACUGCUAAGAACCACAGCACAAACUUUUCUAUAGCACGUUACAUUACGUUACGUAUCGGCCGCAAACUUAGGCUCGCACAUAAACUUAAAGUACAGUCAAUGCACAAACAAAAGGUAACGUAACAUAAGACAUAAGCGAGUACAAGCAUUUUAAGAAGAAAAUUCUGUAACUAUAAUAUAACCAUCUCAACGUGGAUUUUUCUAUUUUCAAUAUUAUGGAUCAUCAGUAUAGUUCCUAUAACAUUCAGAAUGAAGAAUGGUUAGACAUCAAAGACGAAGAAAUUAUUAUCGAAACAGAUAAUGGAGAUGCAACUGAUACCAAUAUCUAUGUCCCAGACAAAACAGGCGACGAUUAUCUAAUAAAACUGUAUAGAGAAAGAAAAUUUUUGUAUGAUAAGAAACAUCGAGAUUUUAGAGACAACGAAUUAAAAAUUGAUGCCUGGAAAGAAAUUUCAACAAUCAUGAUAAAGGAUAAAAAUUUUGGAAAUUAUUACACGGCUGAAUAUUGUAAAAAAAGAAUGACAACAUUAAGAGAACAAUAUUCGAAGUUAAGGAGAAAAAAUGAAUUGAACAGUGGAAGUGCAACUUAUAGUAAACAGAAAUCUUUACUUUUAUCGCAAUUGUCCUUUCUACAUAAAUACAUUCAAAGAAGACGAAAUUUUACAAAUACGGAAAAAGAUAAGAAUGCCCAAAUAUCUGCUACUUUUCUUAAUAAGAAUGCAGCUGCAUUGCAAGAAACAAAAGUGGCAGAAAGUGACGAUUUGAAAAGAGAAUUUGAAACAUCUUCGUCAAGCCAGGAUAAUACUGAAUACGAUUCGACUGAUGAUCCUAUAUUUUAUGAAAAAUCACGUAAAACAAUGAAAAAAAAACCUGCAAAAAAAAGCGAUAAAAAUGACACUUUACAUGACCUAACUAACGCAGUUGUUGAUAUUUGUACUCAGCUAAAAUUGAAUUCAACAUCACAUAGAGACGUUAGUUCCAAAUCUGCAGAACAAGCUUUUUCACAAUUCAUUGCUUUUUCUUUACAAGCAAUGGAAGAGCCGGAACGCAGUAUAAGACGAAACAAAAUAUUUCAAGAUCUUACUACACCAAUCGAUCAGUUGUAAGAAGAUGUCUAUUUCUUUUCAAAUAUUUUGAAAUUUUCUUUUAAUUUAAUUACAAAUUUUUUUCAUUUUGUUUUA